GGACUCCCAGGGAUAACUCCAAUUUGCUUUUAUCGGAUGAAGAUCACUUCGGUGCCAUUGUACCUUGCAGUCACUCGUGUUCCCCAAAAAAAAAACGCAGUGGGCGCUGCUGCAGUAGGAGGGGAUUUUAAGAGGUCUAUUUUCUCUCUUCUAGGGCUCAUUCCUCCUCCUUCUCUUCUCUGCUCUUUCUCGGACGCAUUCAGCCAUUUGAAGGGGGCACCUAUAUUUUCCCGGCAUCGCAAAAACGUAUAGACAAAUGGAGCAAAACUAUGGAGAGGUGAACCAGCUGGGUGGUGUGUUCGUCAAUGGGCGACCUCUGCCCAAUGCCAUACGGUUGAGAAUAGUGGAGCUGGCCCAGCUCGGCAUCAGGCCCUGCGAUAUAAGCCGGCAACUGCGAGUCUCCCACGGCUGCGUGAGCAAGAUCUUGGCGAGAUACAACGAGACUGGUUCCAUCUUACCCGGUGCCAUCGGUGGAAGCAAACCGCGCGUCACGACGCCUAACGUGGUGAAAAACAUCAGGGAAUACAAACAAGGAGACCCGGGGAUCUUUGCAUGGGAGAUCCGGGACAGGCUUUUGGCAGAUGGAGUUUGUGACAAGUACAAUGUGCCGUCGGUGAGCUCGAUCAGCAGGAUUUUACGCAACAAGAUUGGAAAUCUCUCCCAGCCCAACCAGUACGAGAGCAGCAAGCAAGCCUCCGCGCAGCCCGGCCUCUCCUACAACCACAUAUACCCGUAUUCAUACCCAAACAUGUCGCCAAAUGGCACGAAAAUGGGCAGCCCUGGAGUACCCAUGUCUGCUGGACAUAUGAGCAUAUCCAGAGCAUGGCCUUCUGCGCACACAGUCAGCAACAUCCUCGGUAUACGAGCCUUCAUGGAUCCUGCAGCCUUUGCUGCAGCUGACGGAUACCCACAGAAGAUGGAGGAGUGGAGCAACGUCAACAGAGCAGCUUUCCCAGCAGCUCACACGGUCAACGGGAUCGACAAAUCAGCCAUUGACGCAGACAUCAAAUAUGCUCAGCCCUCCUCGACGCUGUCCAGUUAUGUCUCGGCGUGUGCGUACUCUCCCAGUAACCAGUACGGGGUGUACAGCGGGCCAGCAGGCGGAUACGUGGCUCCGGGUCACCACCACUGGCAGCCGCAGAGCCCGGCCAUGUCACACCCAGGAGGCGGCGGAGGGAUGAGCAUGCACGCUGCAGGAGACAUCCACUCCUCCAUGACCUUCAAGCACCAGGCCAGAGAAGGAGACAGAAAACCGCCCAAGCAGCAGCAGCAGCAGCAGCAACAGCAGCAGCAGCAGCAGCAGCAGCAGCAGCAGCAACAUGAAGACUUGAACAGUGUGCAUGGACUCAAUACCUCAUCAUCAUAACCGGGACUUAUAAUUACCUGACCCAUUUAAACUGAACUCAUUUCAACAACUCCAACAGUAAGUGUCAACACUAACAGGCUUGUUCCCACUGAGUGUUUUGCAGCUUACCUGUCAAACGGCCUAUUCACAUUAUACAGUGUAGCUUUAUCGGCCUUCAUGGCCAUAUGAAUGUAAGUUUGCAUGGAUGUAUCGGUGUUUCCCCCUCUCAGUUUUUCCUCCAUUGAAAUACUUCAUGUUGCUAUAGACUGUAUAUUCUCUUAUGGAGACUGCAGGAUUUAAAAAAAACAACAAAAAAAAACACAGACAUUUUUUGUCAGUCCAGUCUGUCAUUGAUGUUUUAUUAUAAAAACUAUCUCGCAAUCAAAUUAAGAUAUUAUAUAAUAUAUGGCGAUAUUAUAUUAUCUUAAUUUGUGGCCAUGAUCUCGAUUCUACAGUGACUCAACGAUGUGAACAAAGAGAUAAAUUGUCUAAAUGUAAAAUAUUUUGCCAAAGCUUUAAUUAUAUAUUUUUAUAAUUCCAUUGUAAAUAUUCAAAAAAAAAAUAAAGGGCUUUCUUAAAUGCCA